AUGGAUAUGCCCGACCGCGUGACGUACAGCAGCGGGAUCCAGUUCAAAGAGUGUAGCAUCCACGACGGCGAGAAGUGCAUCCUGAAAGGGCUGAACUGUCGAGGCCCGCGCGGCAGACUCGUGGACAAGAGCAAGCCGCCGUCUUCCGCCCUGCGAUGCUCGGGAGUAAAUGUGGCAGUGAGGGCGCCGCUCCCGGAAGCCGAAGAUGUGCGGCACGUUUCCGAGUCGGUGCAGCUCCACCGGCGCGUCAGAAAAAAGAAGGCCGACAGCGACGAGGUCGAGAAGCAGGAGACGGCGCCACCGCUGCAGUGCCGCUGCGGCGCCACCUCCCAGCUGAAUGCGGAACACAUCUCGCAGGGGCUGACAGCGGAUUUUUUCGACUACAUCCAGGGGCAGCUUCGCAGCCCCCUGAUGCACAACAGGCCUGUUCUCAGGCAGGACAUGUGGCCGACCAUCCUG